UUAUUAUUCACUAGCAUCCUUUCAAAGUGAUGUAGUUUUUUAAAAGCUUAUUUUCGUAUUUUAAAAUAACUCCAUAAGUGGUAUUUUUUGUCUAACUUGGCUUGGACUGGUUUAAGUUAAUGGACAAUGCAGAAAGGCAAGCGCUGGAUAAACUGAGCACCUGAUAAAAGAUGACGCCCACAGUUCUGGCUGUAUGGAUGAUAGCUACCGGCCAAAAUAGUUAGAUUGAUCAUAGCAAUGCCGGGGAAGAUCAAAUAUGAAAAGCUUGAAGUAUCCAAAGAAAAUCCUUCGUCAUCAGCGAAUAUCUUGUCGUCUUUGACGUUUUGGUGGAUGAACAAAAUCCUUCGCAUCGGAAACCAACGACCACUAGAAAACGAGGACCUUUAUCCAAUCCUCACAAGGGACAAGACUCGAGUGGUUACGCGCGAACUUUGGGACUCUUGGGACCAGGGACAAAAAAAUGGCUCUGAGUCGUGGCGUUUGUUUUGGGCACUUAUCAGGAUGUCGCCUUUGUCGCAUUACAUGUUUUUGGCAUCAACAGGACUCGUUGCGGCUUUCUGUAAUAUGUGCCAGCCGGUGUUUCUGGCGAUGAUUYUAAGUAUUCUACUGGGCCUUCCAGGAUCGAACAAGGACCAUUUAUAUAUAUAUGCUACAGCACUUUGCUUUAGUUCUCUCAUUCGUGUAUUGGUCUUACACCAAUUUUUGUAUAAUGGUUGGUUGAUGGCUAUGAAAUGGAGAAUUGCUACAAUGGGUUUGAUGUUCAAUAAGAUCUUCCGCUUGAGUCAGACAACCCUGGCAUACGCAUCCACAGGGUACAUUAUCAACCUGGUGACAGGAGAUGUCCAACGAUUUGAUCCCGUAGUGUCGCAGAUGGCACUAUUCUUUCAAGGAAUCUUUGAAGUAGCUACAAUAUCUGCCCUUCUUAUUCACGUGGUUGGUUACCAGGCUGUCUCGGGUGUCUUAUUCUUGUUAGUCCUGGUACUCUAUUACUGCAGYAUGGGACGGGUCUGUGUGUAUAUAAGAAAUAAAAUCGCCAAGGUUUCAGACUUAAGAUUAGGMUUCAUGAGUACCAUUYUGACUGGGAUACGAACAGUAAAGAUGUACGCCUGGGAAGGACCAUUCAUURACAGACUGAAGRCAAUACGUGGUCGUGAAAUUCGCCUUCUCCGCCAUAARGGAAUCAUCCUCGCCACAUUUCAGUCAUUUUUGUACACAGCCCAAGGUAUCGCCGCCUUUAUCUCUUUAGUCGUUCUCAUGGCARCCGGCGUAGAGUUGAACACCUUCAAUAUAUUCAUGACGCUUGCAUUCAUCAACACCUUAAGAUCGUCUGUCGCAUGGAACAUCGCCGARGGAGCCAACUAYAUCGGGGAUUUUGCCUCCGCCUUGMRACGAAUCCAAGGGUUCCUCGAACUCCARGAACUGARGCCCAGAAGAGACGACUUUAAAACUGAUGAUUCUGAUAAUGUAUUUUUGGAUGAAGACRAUGACACCAAGAAUAUCCAUGUUUCUCUUGAAAAUGUAACUUGUUACUGGAAUGGUGAAAACUAUCCAUCCAUUCAAGACGUGAGCUUGGAUUUGAAGCAGAAUGAUUUAGUMCUUGUUACCGGGCCAGUAGGAUGUGGCAAGACGUCCCUAUUGUCUACAAUCCUUGGGGAAUUACCGGUGAAAGAAGGAAGGAUGCUGGUUACUGGACACACCAUUUAUGUGCCUCAAAAACCUUGGGUAUUCUCAGGUUCUGUCCGAGAAAACAUCCUUUUUGGCCAGAAAUUCAAAAGAUCAAAAUACCAAGCAAUAAUCAAGGCAUGUGAUUURGAAAASGAUAUUUCCAGCUUCCCCAACAGRGACCUGACGCUGAUYGGUGAAAGAGGAGUCCUUCUAAGCGGYGGACAGCGCACUCGKAUCGGACUUGCACGAGCAAUGUACGCAGAAGCGGAUGUAUACUUACUAGACGAUCCUUUAAGUGCUGUAGAUGCAAARGUUGGCAGACACAUAUUCCAUGAAUGUAUCUGCGGAAUUCUAAGRRAYAAGACCCGAGUCCUUGUCACUCACCAGCUSCAGUAUCUAAAAGGUGCAGAUCAUGUYGUGCUCAUGAAAAAUGGGUCGAUAUUCUACGAGGGUACUUAUGAAGGWCUCAAYGCUGACACCAAUUCUGAGCUCCAGUGUCUCUUURCCAAGUACGACGACAGCCCWCCWUUGACCAGAGCGAUGGACACACGACGUUUAUCAGCAACUCUGAGCUUUAAGRMGGAUGAAAAGAAGGGUCUGGAGGUKGCAGAAGAGGAUCGACACACUGGAUCGGUAUCCUGGCGUCUGUAUUGGGAUUAUCUUGUUUACGGUUUGUGGCCAAUGAUGAUGGUGUUGCUUAUCAUAUUCUUCAUCGUUACUCAAGCUGCUCUAAUUUUCCCCGAUUGGUGGUUGUUACACAUCUCCCAACUACAAUCCAACACAAGGAACCACUUCUCCAACCUGUACGUCUAUGGUGGACUCGUARUCGUUGCUUUUCUAAUGUCCGUCACUCGUUCAGUGCUGUUCUUCUUCGCAACACUUAAUUCUUCAAAGAGCCUCCACGAUGCUAUGGCCAAGAGCGUCUUAAGAGCACCAGUCYUAUUCUUCGAUACUAACCCAACUGGUAGAAUCCUGAAUAGAUUCUCACGUGAYAUUGGCGUAAUGGAUGACCUUCUUCCAAUAGUCUUCCUUGAUGCUGUMCAACUGAUGCUCUUCUGCAUAGGUGCCAUCAUYCUGCCSUCCAUCUUGAAUCCCAUGGUAACARUCGCAGCUAUUACCAUGGCUAUUCUCUUUUAUUUCGUUGGGAAGUAUUAUCUAAAGACGUCUAGGGAGCUACGAAGACUCGAAGCAUUGAAUAGGAGCCCAGUCUUCUCGCACUUCUCGGAUACCUUGGAGGGCUUGGUUACYAUACGAAAUCACGACAUGGAAAACGCAUUCGUUAGAAAUUUAUAUAAGUAUCAAGACGACCAUACCCGUGUUUGGUUUACUCUUCUAUCAAGUCUACGUUGGCUUGGRCUGAGACUUGACAUUCUCUGUGUGUGUUUCACAACAGCUGUCGUAUUUGCUGCACUUGCUAUGGAUUCUGGAGCAGGAUCGCUUGCUCUUUCUCUCAUCUACGCCCUGCAGUUAGCAGUCGACACGUCCCAGUACGGAGUUCGCCAGUGCUCGGAGACUGAGAACUACAUGACGUCAGUAGAGCGAGUGAUGACGUACACCAAACUCGAAGAAGAACCUGGGUACGAUAUUGAAACCCAGGCCCCAGAAGACUGGCCGCAGAAGGGAGAACUUGAGCUCCAAAAUGUCUCUCUGGAGUACUACCAAGGAGCAGGAAAUGUAUUGAAUAAUGUGUCGUUCAAGGUAAAUCCUCAAGAAAGGAUAGGAAUUGCUGGAAGAACCGGGGCAGGAAAGUCGUCGAUUGUAUCUGCWUUGUUCCGAAUGCCAGACCCUAAUGGGUCGAUCCUUAUCGAUAAGAUAAAUAUCACAAGCAUUAAUCUACAAAAUUCUCGGARAGCAAUGACAGUAAUAGCACAAGAUCCUGUCCUUUUUACUGGUUCCUUACGAUUCAAUCUGGAUCCUUUUGAUCACCAUAGCGAUAAUGAAAUUUGGGAAGCAAUAGACGGUGCCAGUCUGAGGUCUACAGUCGAAAAUCUGCCAGAGAGACUUAACCAGAAGCUMAAGGAAUGUGGAGUGAACCUUAGCGCGGGAGAACGCCAACUGCUGUGUCUCGCUCGAGCUCUACUUCAAAGAAGCAAGAUCAUAGUCAUGGAUGAAGCMACUGCAAACGUAGACUACAAGACGGAUAGUCUCAUACAAGAGACCAUUCGAACCAAGCUGAAGGAAUGUACUGUGAUUACAAUUGCCCAUCGGUUGAAUACUAUAAUGGACUAUGAUAAGAUUUUAGUGCUAGAGAAUGGAAGGGUGGUGGAGUUUGAUACACCACAGGAUUUGUUGAACAAAGCAAAUGGUGUGCUGAGGCAGUUGUACCAAAGCCACUUGGAACAGAUCUAGACCUCGGGACUCGUUCAAAUCUUUAAAAAAAUAAGUUAAUUCGAGUAAUUAUUGUGAUUAACAAAAUGGGUUGGGAUAGCAAAUUUUACUUUCUUGGACGUUUAAAAUAUUGGGAUGAAAUUAAUGAAAAUUAUWGUUAAAAAAUAUUUUUUUGUUUAGUUUAGGGAGCCAAGACAAAGAGUGUACUGGUCUUCAGGUUGAGGUUGGUCCCUAUCCCGUAAUAAAAUGAAUGCUACAUUUUACAGUUCCGUUCGUUGACCACGAAUAAUAGUUCCAAGUCGAGGGACGGAGUUGCCGUGCAUAGUUGAAGAAAUAGAAAACGCGUUCGCUUGCUGUGUGCAGUUAUAAAGCACGCGGGGGUUGGCAGGACACGAGAGGUGGUAUAGGAGAAGCACGACGCGUAGCGGAAUCAAAUUACAGGAAUGACGAAACUGGAAGUGCGCGCGCGUGCUGUGUGCUCCCAGAAUGCGAGAUUUAAAAAUUAUUUUAUAAAAAUACUAUAGUUUAACAUGCGUGGAAACUCCAACCUCGACUUAGAACUAUUCGUGGACACUGAACGGGACUGUAAAACUUGGAGUAUUGUUACAAAAAUCGAAGGCAUUUAUUAGGAAGCGCAAACAAUGCCGGUACAAUGUCGAUUAUCAUUGCAUGGCGAUGGCUUUAAACACCUUAAAUGGGAUUUGAUUUUGAGAUAUGAGGGGCGUCCUGAACGUCUAGGUAUUUG